UCUCUUUGGUCGAGCACUAAGACGUUUACCUUCUCUCUCUCUCUCUCUCUAAAUCUCUUCUCUCUGUUUCUCACUCUAAAAAUACGCUUCUUCUACUGCGUGUGGAACCAGGGAUCAACAAUGGAGGUUUUCUAUUACCUGGUUUUUGGAGUCCUAUCUGUGGUGGUUGCAGUCCUCGAGCUCAGCAAAACCAGCAAGGAUCGCAUUACAACAUCCUCUGCAUUCAACUCCUUCAAGAACAAUUAUCUCGUUGUUUACUCCCUCAUGAUGGCUGGUGAUUGGUUGCAAGGUCCCUAUGUGUACUUCCUGUAUAGCCAGUAUGGUUUUAGUAAGGGGGAGAUUGGUCGACUCUUCAUUGCGGGUUUUGGAUCUUCUAUGUUGUUUGGUACAGUUGUUGGAUCCCUAGCAGACAAACAGGGAAGGAAGCGUGCUUGCAUAACUUACUGUAUUACUUACAUCCUGAGCUGUAUCACUAAGCACUCUCCUCAGUACAAAGUUCUGAUGCUGGGCCGUAUUUUAGGAGGGAUUGCCACAUCACUUCUGUUCUCAGCAUUUGAAUCAUGGCUUGUAGCUGAACACUUUAAGAGGGGUUUUGAAGCACAAUGGUUGUCCUUUACAUUCUCAAAGGCCAUAUUCCUUGGGAAUGGACUUGUUGCCAUCGUGUCCGGGUUGUUUGCAAAUUUUAUCGCCGACAAUUUAGGCUUUGGACCUGUUGCUCCCUUUGAUGCAGCUGCUUGCUUUCUCGCCAUUGGCAUGGCAAUCAUCUUAUCAUCAUGGACAGAAAACUAUGGAGACCCCUCUGAGAGCAAGGACUUGCUGACCCAGUUUAAGGGAGCAGCAGUAGCCAUUGCUUCUGAUGAGAAAAUUGCUUUAUUGGGAGCCAUACAGUCUUUGUUUGAGGGUUCAAUGUACACCUUCGUGUUCCUUUGGACCCCAGCUUUGAGCCCAAAUGAUGAGGAUAUUCCUCAUGGAUUCAUUUUCGCUACUUUCAUGUUGGCGUCGAUGUUGGGAAGUUCCAUUGCUUCUCGUCUGAUGGCACGUGCAUCACUUAAGGUGGAAUCCUAUAUGCAGAUAGUCUUCAUCAUCUCUGCUUUCACCCUUCUGCUUCCCAUUCUCACUACGUUCUUGGUUGUACCAUCAAAUAUUAAAGGAGGAAGCAUCUCAUUCAGUGGAUCCAUACAGCUUUUUGGGUUCUGUAUUUUUGAGUCUUGUGUGGGUAUCUUUUGGCCCUCUAUUAUGAAGAUGCGAUCUCAGUACAUACCUGAGGAGGCCAGGAGCACCAUCAUGAACUUCUUUCGUAUUCCCCUCAAUAUUUUUGUCUGCAUCGUGCUUUACAAUGUGAAUGCUUUCCCUAUCACUGUCAUGUUUGGUAUGUGCUCAAUUUUUCUCUUCAUGGCUUCAGUUCUUCAGAGGCGAUUGAUGAUUGUUGCAGAAAGCCACAAGUCGAAGCCACAAGACACUUGGGCCAAGGAGAGAGAUGUAGAGGAAGAGCCAUUGAAUAUUUAAGUUCCCAACGGGGUUGUGACCACGAAGGUCUAAGAAAUGCAGUUGGCACCUUUCAGUUUAGCUAUUUGGAAUCAAGUACUUCAUGAAGGAUAAACGUUUCAACUCAGUGGAUUCCCUUCUUUUUAAGUUAAAGCAGCUGGUGAGGAUCUUGAGUGGAAGAUCUUGAUCUCUUAAUGAGAGAUGAUUUUAUUGUUUCUAGCUGGCCACUCUGUUGAAUCAGUGGGCUAAGUAGCUUGCCAACAUUGAGUGAUACCAAACAAGGGUUCAUGUUAGCAUUGAUCAGUGGGCUAAGAAUUUUCAUUAUGUAUUUUUGGUUUUUUUUUUGUUAACUAAUUGGGUUAGGGAUGGAAGUAAGCAUGAAGGUUUUAGCGUUGGCAGGGAUAUUCUUCUCCAUCAGGUAUUCAUUUUGUAGUACCCGAAAGCUUCAUUCCAUACUCGACAAUGGAUUGUUAAGUGUCUAUAAUAAAACUUAUACCUCUUCAUUUACUAAAUGUAAGCAUAAGUUAAUUGUCUUCUAAUGGCAAUGAAAUAUUGAAGAAUUAAAGCUUUUGUUCUUCUCUU